CAAUCGCAAAUGAAAGUGGAAAACCCACGCUAUGGCCAACUUGUUAUUGGUCCACCAGGAUCGGGGAAAUCUACCUAUUGCCACGAAGCAUACAAGUUCUAUGAAAAUUUGGGCCGUCAAGUUGGUGUUGUUAAUUUGGAUCCGGCUAACGACAACAUGCCUUACUCGCCUGUCGUCAACAUCAUGGAGCUUAUAACAGUAGAGGACUGCAUGGAGCACAUAAAAUUGGGUCCAAAUGGCGCACUAAUGCAUUGCGCUGAGUAUUUAGAGCAACACAUCGACAAGUGGCUGUUGCCGGCACUUUCUAAGCUGGGAAACAAAUAUAAUUACUUUCUAUUUGACUGUCCCGGUCAGAUUGAGCUGUACACCCAUCAUAAUGCAAUGGCUCACGUUUUUGAGCGGCUGGAGAGCGAACGAUAUAGCCUGGUCACUGUGAAUCUUAUUGAUUCGCAUUACUGUUCUGAGCCAUCCAAGUUUAUAGCCACUCUGCUGAUGGCACUAAACACGAUGCUGCGCAUGAGCCUGCCUCAUGUAAAUGUGCUUUCUAAGGCCGAUCUGUUGCGCAAGCACGAGUCCAUGUUACAUUUUAACAUGGACUUCUACACUGAUGUGCUGGACUUAAAAUAUCUGCUAGAGAAGUUGGAUGAAGAUCCGGCAAUACACAAAUAUCAAAAACUCAACGAAGCGAUUUGCUCUAUGGUAGAAGAUUACGCACUGGUUUCUUUCCAGUUGCUUGAUGUUUUCAAUACAGAUAGCAUGUUGCGCCUUCAUAGCCAUCUUGACAAGGCCAACGGUUAUGUAUAUAAGGCGGGCGAGGAGCGCACUGUCAACUCACUGAUGACCUGUGCUGUCGGCGCGGAAACAGAGGCGGUGCGGCAACAAUCUGACAUAGAGCCCUAUGUACGGCAUAAAUAGAUACUCGUCUUGGUUUAAGAAAUGUAAUUUCUAUGUUUAUGAUUUAUCUAAUAUGUUUUGUUAAUUAUGCAGUAUAAUUAAGAUAAGAAAAAAAUUUCACUAUAAAUAACUAAUAGUUGAAUAUUAAUUGUGAUGCUGUUGGAGUUGGUUAAUUGAUUAAAAACUGCUAUACAUACAUAUGUACAUAUAUACUA